UCUGCUUUAACUUAUUGUUUUAAAAAAUUCGUUGACCAAAAACUUUUAUUCUCUUAUCUAUUUUUUGAGUGGUUCACAUCAAGUGUUUUGCUGGGCUUUUAAAUUGCUCUGUUUACACAUUUUGUUGUUUAGUCCAACUAGUAACAUCAGUUUGCUAUUUUUUAUUGAAAAUCUUCACUUUAGUGCAAACAUGAUUGAUGAAAUAUGUCAGUGUUGUACAAAGCGUUUCUCUCCAAGUCAAGAACCGCCAUGCUUCAGUAAAAUUCAGCACAAAAUCCACAUUACUCCCGCUGAUAUUCCUCGCAUCACAAUUAGUCAACAUUACGAUCCCUUGCAGAUGGAACAAGAUAUUGAGCAUGUUAGUUAUCGAUUACCGGGUAACAAAUCAUUUCGAGCAAUUCGUGAUUAUUCUGCCCAAGAUGCUGAUGAAGUUAGCUUCAGUAAAGGUGAUCUCAUUAUUAACUGUCGGUCAAUAGAUAAAGAUUGGAUGACUGGAUUUGUUCAAAGAACUCGCAUGUGUGGUAUGCUGCCUGCAAACUCCGUUCGAUCCCUUAGAGUAAACUUAUGAAACACUUAAAUUAAUCAAUUUACUAUUUAGGAAUCAACCUUUUCUUUGGUAUUCCUAUUUUGACGAAGAUAGCUACUCAUAAACUCAAGCUAUCGAUUUAUUUUUCCGAUAUAUUUUGAGAAAAUAUGUAAAAUAUCUUCCAGUAAAAAUAAAACAAGAAUGAUGAAAAAGCAUCUUGAGAAAUUAA